AUGAAUGCAAAACAACAUCAGGAUGUGUUCCUGACAGUUCGUCGUAAAAAGACUACCAUAUUUCUAGAUGCCAAAGAAUCUAAUACUGUUUAUGACUUGAAACACAUGAUUGAAGGUAUAACAAAGCAUAGCCCGGAGGAUCAGAGACUAUUCAAGAAUGGAGAGCCUCUCGAAGAUACAAAGACAUUAGGGGACUGUGGCUUCACAAACCAAAAUGCUAAGGCACAGUCUCCAGCUCAAGUCGGUUUAGCUUUCAAAUUGGAUGGUGAAGAUGAAUUUGAAGACCUAGACAUCAUCGAAUACUCCUCUCCACCAGAGCUACCGGACGUUAUGAAACCAACCGAUUCCAGCACAAGCACAGCUGGAGAACAGCAAUCCUCAUAGGUCAACUCCUG